GCCCCAUCCGCGCCCCAUGUGACGCUGCGCACUCGUUCAUUCAUUGUGCAAACGACAACUUUAGCGAAUGUGUUAGCUUUCUUUCCGAAAUAAACCAAAGAAGAAAGCUGCGGUGUCUCUGUCCGCGACCAGUAAGAGCCUAGCUAGCUAACGGAGAAAUCGCGCUAAAGUUGUACGGAAAAGUUCAUCUGUAGCCAUUGAUCACGAAAUCCUAAUGAAAAGUGCAGUGGAUACGAGCAUGAUCAAGGAGAAGCGGUGGGACGUGCCCCCUAAUGCCCCCGCGUGCAUGGAGAAGCACCUGAGCUCGGCCCAAUACAGAGCAGAUGGUACGCUGCUGCUCGGUGCCUCCAGCCUCAGUGGCAGGAGCUGGCAGGGAUCAGUUUGGAUCUACAGUGACCCUAAGCAGGCCCCUGAUGAGGCCCUCUGCAAAGCUGGUGUGCAGACUGAGACUGGGGUCACAGAUGUCAAAUGGGUAUCGGAAAAAGCUAUUGUUGUUGCAUCAGACUCGGGUGCCUUGGAGCUCUGGGAACUGGCAGAGGAUGAACGUCUUCUGGUGAAUCGCUUCACCAAACAUGAGCACGACCACAUCGUCACCACAGUGAGCCCAGUUACUGGAGGAAGCAGCGUCGUCACUGGCAGCAUGGACUGUCGAAUUAAAGUCUGGGAUCUCAGUCAGGAGACUGCUGUCACUACCUACAAUGUGCACACGCAGCCAGUCAGCUGUGUUGCUUGCAGUCCAACAGACGAGUCUCUCUUCAUCUCCUGUGGUCAAGAUGGCCGUGUGCUGAUGUGGGACAGGAGGAAGCCAAACAAACCUGCCUCAAGAAUAGAUGUAGAGUCCCCCAGCUGCUCCCCUACCACUGUAGCCUGGCACCCCCACCACAAAAGCACCAUUGCUUUUGGCGAUGAGUUGGGCAGAGUGACAGUGAAGGAUUUCCUGGGAACGGAGCCGGCCCGGGUGGAGAACGUCCACAGCCGUAGAGUCAAUGGGCUUGCCUUCUCUACACAUAGUGACUCCUUGCUCGCUUCCAUAAGUGAUGAUUGUUCACUCGUUGUUUUGAACAGUGAACUGCGAGAAAUACUCAAAGACCAGCAACACCAGGACUUUGUCAAAGGUGUGUGUUGGCUCCAUGGUGGCUCCAACACCCUCACAACCGUAGGCUGGGAUCACCGUGUGCUUCACCACACGGUGGAUCCAGCUGCUGAAGUUCCCAACUCUACCUCUUAAGACCCACACACACUUACCUGGGAAAGAGCACAUUUUAUGACUACUUCCCCCGUAUUUUUAAAGGGGUUUCCAUAAUGUCUAAAAAGUCAAAUCUGUCUGUCAGGAAGUAUGGAUUAAAGUGUUUCAUGGCCAUUUAGUAGUCCACAUAUGUGCAUAAUAUUUGGACUUUUGCUCUCCCAGUCCUGGCCUCAGUGCAUUGCUACGUGCUCUCUAUCCAUGUCUUUCAUUGUGUUUACCGUGUCCAUGUGUAAUUACACUUAGGGUGACCCAUUUGUAUGGCGUUUUACAUUAAAGGUAACAAUGUUGGUCGCACAA